AUGAGCUCGUCCACGAGCCCGUCUCGUUCUGCCAGGAGCUGCUGGCGCUCCGCCAUGAGCUCCUGGACACGGCCCACCAUGCCGUCCGAGUCCGCCACCGCCGACCCCGAGCCCGCGACGCCGAGCUGCUCCAGCUCCUCGGACUUCCCGCUGGAGGUGGUCGCCUCCGUGAGCACCUCGUCCGAGCCAGCGGACGCUUCGUCCGCGCCCUUGUCCUCGAACCUCGGCGUCAGCACCCCCGACACGGAUCGCAUCCCGGCCUUGCCCCGUACCUCGGCGGCCACCGCCGGCCGCGCUGGAGGCACUUGCCCUGCGCGUCUGACUUCUCGAACCGAUCCUCGGCCCUGA